UUGCUUCGAAAUAUGAUGAAGGACAAAAUAAAUGACGCAAGUAUGGCCUUGGACUCGACCGUCAGGAGUCAGGAUUCUAGCGAUUCGAACGAAUCUAAGGAAUUUAGCAAUGCCGGUUCUAAGCCGGAAAGUUGCAUGGAAUCUAAACACUCCAAAGAGAUAUUGAUAUCGGAUAAACAACAUAAACAACAGCAACAUCAGCCACAUGCUAGACAACAAAACGACGAGGAGGAAACGAAAUUGCGUAACGCGCAACACGGAGACGAUUCUAAUCUUCUCAUGUUCACAUCUUGCGGUCAAUUAUUGUUAGGUAUCGUCUUGGUCGUGUUCGGUGUUUUGGUAUUGGUCCAUGGCGCUUCGUUAGGAGGAUCAGGUGCAGGAUUAUGGGCAGGAACAGGUGCAUUGGUGGCCGGAGCAUUAGGAGUACUUGCAGCUUUGGCUAGUUCAUCCGGAAGGACAAAUUCUGGAUUUUCUACAGCUCAUUUAGCUUCAAGCUUGGUCGCUCUUGCGCUUUCCAACAUGGCUGCCAUCACGGCCCUGACAGCGGUCGUCAGGGACUCUCAAAGGACUCCGGAAACGACCCUUUUUACGCUUCCUGGCGAAGAGAACAAUAUAUUGGAAAUAGAAGGAGGUUGGGCCGGUCUCUUGGCAAGCAUAGGUUUGCUGAUCGGUAGUGUCGCGGAAUUACUCAUCUCAGGCUACACCUGUUUGACCUUAACACCAAAACUCUGUAGCUGUUUGAGAUCGAAUCCAGCUGACGAGAUCGGUUGCGUUGAUGGUCGACUGAAGACACGUAAUAUGGUUCAACAAUGGGUUGUCGCACAAAAUCACGUGCCGAAGAACCAACCGAUUUAUGUGGUUCAACCGGUGAUGCCUGUCCAUCCCUUGAUACGAACACCUUACGGAGUACCACCACCACCCGGUGCACCAGGAAAGUAUCCAGGAGGAUUUAUUUCAGCGACACCAAUUGCUAUACCACCAACACCAUACGGCCCAGUCUCCGUAAUUUCUCACAUGCCGCCUUACGUUCAACGACCACCAUCGCAAAUGAUUCGACUGAAACAUAAACGUCACAAUCAAUCGGAACAAGGGGACACCGUUGAAAGGAAAGGGCGCAAAGAAACGGAAGGAAAAAAUGAAUUCAAAAGAAUAUCAUCGAUAAGUGAAGAUCAAGUUGACCUGGCACAGACCUAUACCGGUUUAGAUAAAAGAAUUUCCGAAGAAUUUAUCUCCAUAGCAAUGGAUCCAGAUAGAAAGUCUAAAGCUUCGAGUCAUCAUGGCAGCGAAGUUGGUAUCCCUAAGAAUACGUGAAAACUGACCAACUCGAUGCUCGAUUAAAUUCGUUGUGUCGAGUAUAAAACGUCGUUGGGAUCAAAUAAUUUCAUAGCUUUCUUCGCGUGCAUGCGAAAGAAAGAAAAAGAAAGAGAGAUUAAGUAAGAAGCAAGAAAGAAUUCCAUCAGACGGCACACUUAGUUCUCUCUCGCAUUUCUUUUUGAUACCAUCGGUAUUAUUCCAUUUAUAAACUUUCCAAAGUACACAUAGAAACGUAAAUUAUUUUCUACAUUAGUUAUUCGUAUUGACGAAUUUUUACGUAUGUUGAUUUAACGACGAAACAAUUUCAAGUAUUACUAUUCCAAUUCGAUUCUGUCGGUUGCUCGAACAAAUGAGAUUUUAGAUUAGAUUUUUUAUAUCCCAAAUCUCUAGUUAUUUGUACACCUAUCCCUUUUUUUCUUAUUUUUUUUUUUACUACGAUAGGCAUGUACUUAGUUUUGUGUAGAUUCUGUCAUGUAUAUACGUUUACAAAUGAUAAUAAUAAUAAUUAAUUAAUUUUAAUUAUAGUAAUAAUGUUGAGAUUAAUAUAAUAACGUUAAU